AUGGCUGCAGCGGAGGUCCUGACGGCCGCAUGGAAAGACUGGGGUCUGCAAGCGCUGGUGCUGCUCAGCUUAACGGUGCAGGUGACACUCCACAUCUUGGCAGAGUUCCGGCGGCACAUUGACUCCGGCGUGCUGAGGGCCGUGGUAUGGUCCGCGUACAUGGCGGCCGACACGACGGCGAUCUACGUGCUUGGCCACCUGUCCGUGACCAGCAGGUCGCCAGAGCACGAGCUGGUGGCGCUCUGGGCGCCGUUUCUACUGCUGCACCUCGGUGGGCAGGACAAGAUCACAGCCUACGCCAUCGAGGACAACCAGCUGUGGCUGCGCCACCUGCAGACGCUCGUCCUUCAGGUGGCCGCUGCCGCCUACGUCAUCUACGGGUCCUCCGUCAUCGUCGGCGUGAGCCGGGUCCCCUUGCUCCUCGCGGCCACCGUCACCAUGUCCGUCGUUGGUGUCGUCAAGUACGGGGAGCGAGUGUGGGCGCUCAGGUGCGCCGGCACUAGCCCGACUGGGAACUACAACAGCGACAUCGGGAAGAGAAGGUUUUCUCUGGCGGUGCCGGAUUCUUUCAUGAGCCACUUGGAUCCCGCGGAAGCCUACCUCCUACAUGCUCACCUGCUGCUGGAUCUCGCCAAGGACAGGUUCAAGGGUCCAUUACCCCGUCUGUUUCUGUGUGGCCCCGGCAGCCAAGAAUCGCAGCUGCACGGGGAGGAGGAGCUGUACAGGGUGGCCGAGAUGCAGCUCUCGCUCCUGCACGACGUCUUCUACACCAAGGCCGAGGCCACGCACACUUGGUACGGCCUCUGCGUCCGCGUGCUGUCGUUUCUAGCCGCCGUUGCCGCGUUCGUGCUGUUCAACGUGCUGCUGCUGGGCGAUCAUCGCCGUAAGCUGGAAGCCUACAGCAGAGGAGAUGUGGCCGUUACCUACGUCCUCUUCGUCGGCGCCGUCGUCCUGGAGGCUGCGUCGCUCGUGAGGGCCGUGUUCUCGAGCUGGACAUGUGCUCUCCUUGUCAAGCACGGAUCGGAAGGGAGCGCGGUGUGUAACUCCCUAGCCCAGGUACCCGUGUACCUCCGCCGGCUGGUGCGUGCGGCGGAGUGGAGGAGGAGGCGCAGCUGGUCGCGCUCCAUGGGGCAGCUCAGCCUGGUUCAGCUGUGCGUGCGCAGCAGGGCCAGCCGAUACAGCAAGGUGGCUAGAUGGAUGGGCGUGGAGGACUGGUGGAACACGCUGGCUUACUCCGGCCCAUCCGUCCCAGUCUCGGCGUGCGUCAAGAAGCUGCUGCUCAAGAGCAUGAAGGCGAGGCCAUGGGGUCGGGAGCAGUUCGAGAGCAUUGGACUGUACGGCCGGGAACUGGACUUGGAUUGGGUUGCCGAUUCCAAGUUGGAGGUGCGGAUCCUCGUCUGGCAUGUCGCCACCGAGCUCUACCUGUGCUGGUUCAACGAUAAGGAUCACCCGCCCGCCGGUGCUGCUGACCUCGUCGACGUGGCUCAGGCGCUGUCCAAUUACAUGCUCUUCCUGCUCGCGUCGCGUCCCCACAUGCUGCCUCCUGAUGCCAGCCGCAACGACUAUCUCGUGGUGUGCUAUGCUCUUACCAGUCACGAGAGAUACAGCACAGCCGAGGAUCUGCUCUCCUUGCUGCAGCGCUUUGCAGAUGCGUUGUGGGCUAAUAACUCCGCGCCUGAGUAUGAACUGCGGUGCAAGGAUACUAAUAGUCGUGGAUACAGGGUGUUGACGGGAGGAUGCUCGCUUGCUGCGUUCCUCAUCCACCACCAAGACUCCUCGCCUGUUGGUGGCACUAGCACGGGCACGGGCACGGGCACUGGCACCGGCACGCUGGAGAUGAUCUGCAGGGUGUGGGCGCAGAUGCUGUGCAGCGUUGCGGACGAAUGCAGCGCCAAUUCUCAUGCAAAGCAGCUCAGCAGCGGCGGUGAGAUCCUUACCGUCGCUGCUCUUGUAGCCAAAUACAUGAGGUCAAAGAGGCUGUCCUGGCACUUCCACAUUGAGUCUAAGCGUAGAGACGAAUGGUAA